CAUCACCGAACUAAAGCUAUUGCUGCUUGAGCUUGGGUGAAAUAUUCCAUCCCUUAGAUAAAAAAAAAAUUGUAAAUAAAGAAGAUAUCUGUGAUUGUAUGCAAAAUCGAAAAUCAAGGGCAAGAAAAAAAAAUUGCAAUUCAAUUACAUUGAUUUGAUUAUAACAUGAAGAACAAAAGUCAAGGCCAAAUUUACGUAAACCUCACGGGAAAUUCAUGAACUCACCCACAUCACAUCUCUGUCUCCAUGUCCUCUUAGGGAAACAGAAACAAGUUCAAGGACACUGCUGUUCACGCCGGGAACCAGCCAACCCAACAAAAGUCCAUACUUUCCCUUUCCACUUCUUCUCCAAUUCCUUGCUUUUACGUAUCAUUCUAGCCAAUUAUCUUUCUUUUUUCAAUCUUUAUUUUGGGUUCUUUUUAUAGUUUUUUUUUUUGGUUUGGAAAACAAAUGAGAAGGGGAAAGGAAAGUCAACAGGAGGAGGAGGACUACGAGGAAGAGGAGUUUGGUUCCAAAAAACAAAGGCCUUCUUCUAAUCAAACGUUGUCUGUCAACGCCAAUGACAACAACACCAACAAAGUGGAAGCAGAUGGGAGAAACAGUGAUAAGGCUAACGCUAUACGAUCAAAACACUCUGUCACGGAGCAGAGGAGGAGGAGUAAGAUUAAUGAGAGAUUUCAAAUGUUGCGAGAUCUAAUACCUAACACUGAUCAAAAGAGAGAUACGGCUUCAUUCCUGCUAGAGGUGAUAGAAUAUGUCCAAUUUUUACAGGCGAAGGUUCAAAAAUAUGAGGGUUCAUACCAAGGAUGGAGCUCUGAGCCCAUGAAACUAAUGCCAUGGAGAAAAAAUCACUGGCGUGUUCAGAGUUUUGUUGGUCAUCCGCAAACUAUUAAAAUUGGUUCAGGCCCUGGGUCAACAUUUACUGGGAAGUUUGAUGAGAAUAACAUCAAUAUCAACCCCACAAUGAUCACAAGUGCACAGAAUCCUGUAGAAGCUGAUCCUAUCAGAGAUGCUACAUCCAAAGCUAUGGAUCGGCAACCUGAGUUGGCAAGCAAGGGAAUGCCUCUUCCCAUCCAAGGUGAAAAUGUGGAUAAUGUGCUUGUGCAUCCCCUUCAGAGACCAAUCUCUGAUGCUCAAUCUACUGAGUGUCUUAUCAGCAAUGAUACACUGAACCAAAAGGAGGAUCUGACCAUUGAAGGAGGAACAAUUAGCAUUUCUAGUGUCUAUUCUCAAGGGUUAUUGAAUUCUCUGACACAAGCACUGCAGAGCGCGGGUUUGGAUCUGUCACAGGCCAACAUCUCAGUGCAGAUUGAUCUUGGAAAGCGUGCAAAUAGAGGGCAAACAUCAGGAAUAUUUGUUAAGGACCCACAGAAUUCUCCCAAUCAGGAAAUGACACAUCUUAGAGAUGUGAGCGGUGGAGAGGAUUCUGAUCAUGUUGAAAAGCGGCUGAAGAAAUAAGACUGGCUACAACGUUUCCUAAAACUUCAUUUUUACAUGGUCAGUCCUUCUGUUCUUUCUUUCAGUUUCAUUUGGUUAUUGUAAAUGCUGAGGUUUUGGUUUUUUUUGGGGUCCUAGUAUCAUUAACAUUCGUGGUAAGAGCUGUUCUCCUUACUUUUAUGUGUUUUUAUGGGUUGAUUCCCCAGAUUUUCUGCUCAGGGGAUGUCAAUCUUUACCUGUACUAUCAUGGAUGUAUCAUACGAAUUGAUUUAAAUAUAUUAUAGAGCAUUAAAAAUAUUGUUAUCUAAAAAGUGUUACCAAUGUCCAAAAAAAAGUACUAGUUGGUGGCAAACAUUCCUGAGGAUUAGAAUAGAAAUAAUCUUCCUGUCUGGGAUGGUCCGGAAUCUCCAUUCGUCUUGCUGGUUUUCCGGUAUGAUCCUCGUGAGAUUUCUUUACUGGCAGGGAAAAUUCGUCCCUGCUCAGAGUCCCAUUCUCGUACUGAUCAAUCAGACCAACCAAGAGCUUCCUAUUAAGAGAAAUUGUUGUCUUAAAUCCUAAGUAUCUGUACAAGUAUGAGAAAGAAUCUCAAUAUAUACCUUGUAAUCAAAUGAUUUUAUGUAACUAAACAAGCAACAGUUCAAUCACAGUUUUUUAGUUAUAAUUAAGAAAGUUAUUAGUAAAUACCGGCGGUGGCCUUCAACAGCUUUUGCCAUGUUUCCUGCAAAAGUAGGAAUGAAAAUAUCACUUUCCGUUGCAACAAUAUAAUCCAGUGCAGCCAUCUGAUCUGCAUGUUUGAGGAAGGGCUCAAGCUCUACUGGGUUUAAUAUGGUCUCUUUUCUAACCUGUUUCCAACAAGAAUAAAACAGGACACUUUUAUUUCUUAAUGAAAUAAUUAGUUUAAUGAAGGAGGAGCUUAGUUCAUUUAGUUCAUGCAAUCACCCUUGAGAGAAAAUAUUUCUCCAACAGGUUCGGGAUGUAAAUUUCAGCAUCUAUUUCGUCUCUUUUAUACUAUAAAAUCCACUCACCAGAUUUGGGUGAGCUGCUGCCAGGCCUGCCAUUCUCUUCCAUUCAUGUAUAUUUCUCCAGCUGCAACAUAAAUUGUGGUAUUCCCAUUAAUGCCUAAUGCCUGGAAUACUAAAGCUGUUUCCUCUGGAGUUAAAGGGCAUGAUCCACGUUCUCGUUUCCUCUUAAAAUUAAUCGGUUUAUGCUUCCACCCAUAUCUGAUAUUGACAUUGUUAGAUCCACCAAAUUUCAUACUAAUGCUAUAGAAAGAAUGGUUUCUCAGGACUCACCUCAUUUCUUUCACCUCUGCAGCCUCUUCUUUGGUUAAACCUUCAAUGCAGCUGGUAAAUGCCAAUACAUCCUUCUCAUACCUUAGAUGAAGAACCAUGAAAGUACCCUUUUCUCUCAAAAUUGUAACAAUUUUUCUGCCUGUUUCCUCAAUUGGUUCGAGUGAAUCUUAAUGCUUUGUAGUUUACUCUACAGCGCAGUUAUUGGAGCUCUUCAGGCAGGCCAUUGUUGGCAAGCCUGGCAUCAGUUCGAGCAAAUAGCAAAAUUUCAUCCUUCUGUAUGCGAGGAAGGACCUUAAACAAAUGCGCAUCAGAUUACAUAAAGUUUAAUGUAUCGAAAUUAAGUUCAAUCACAACAAGAAUCUUUGAUGUAAAAUUUGGGAACCAACCCCCUCAUAAUAAUAUUCCAAGCUACCAAAACUCAUAGGAAACAUAUAAUAAAGUGGUUCUGACAGCUUUUUUCUUCUGCUCUGUAGGUAGCUCUUUUAGCAUGCGAACCUCAUCUCUCAGAGAUGUAAUGAAAUGAUUCACAUAAAAAAUAUCUGCAAAUGUGCUGCCAAUUUUUUUUUAAAGUAAAUUGUCAGCAUUUUUGCUGUCAACAAUGCAAUGAAACAAUGGAUUAAUCACAAUUUUAGGCCAUCAGAAAGUCAGGAUGAAGGUAACUUCGGAGGACAAUUCAAAAUCCCAUUGGAUUAAUGAUUGAAUUGGCUUAC